UGAAAAACUGUUGCGAUUGGUAGAACCACAUAUCAGUCGCCAAGAUACUGUUAUGAGGCAAUGUGUUUCAGCGAGAAGCAGGCUUGAACUUACGCUUCGCUUUCUUGCAACCGGAGAGUCUUACCGUUCGUUGAUGUAUUCUAGUAGGAUACAUGAAUCAACCAUUUCUCUAUUCAUUCCUGAAGUUUGUGAAGUCAUAUUUAAUGUUUUAAAAGAUGAGUUUUUAAUGACUCCAUCUACUCCCGAAAGUUGGCAAUCAAUUGCUGAUCAGUUUAUGGAACUAUGGCAAUUUCCUCAAUGUGUAGGGGCGCUUGACGGACGUCAUAUUACAUUUAGACCUCCAAAAUCGGCUGGAUCAUUUUACCACAAUUACAAAGGGGAUCAUUCACUAGUAUUAUUGGCAUUGGCCGAUGCGUGCUGCAAAUUUACAUACAUUAACAUUGGUGUUAAUGGUAGAAUAAGUGAUGGUGGAGUGUUUCGUGAUUGUACUCUGUCAAAAGCAAUUCAAAAUAAUUCGUUAAAUUUUCCACAAUCUCGACCAUUACCAGGAUCCAGUAACAAUGUUCCAUAUGUGAUAGUUGCAGACGACGCAUUUCCACUGUCCACAAGAAUAUUAAAACCUUAUCCACAACGAGGUUUAUCUCACGACAAGAAGAUAUUUAACUAUCGGUUAUCAAGGGCACGACGUAUCAUUGAACAUGCAUUUGGUAUUCUUGCCAACAGAUUUAGAGUAUUGUUAAAUCCGAUAUGUCUGUCACCAAAUAAAGUAGAAAAAAUUACUUUAGCUUGUGUGGCACUACAUAACUAUUUAUGUACAAAUAGUGGACAAUUUUAUACUGAUUUUGACGAAGCAUCAAUUAUCACAUUGGAUACAUGGAAACCACAGGGAACAAAUCGAACUUCCAGAUCAGCAUUAUCUGUGAGGGAUGAAUACAAAAAUUACUUUUGUUCUCCUACUGGCAGUGUAGAGUGGCAGGAUGCAGCAGUUUUAAGACACAAUUGUUAAUCAUACAAUUUGAAUAAGUGUAUAUAUAUGUAUAUAGGAUCACUCAGAUUUUAUUUGAAAUUCUUGGAAAUUAUAUGUACAAUAUCGCUUUCUAUUUUAUCUAACAAAUCGUCAUUCUUGAUGCGGCGUAAUUUUGGUUCAAUGUACUUAAGAAAGACAUCAAUCCUAUCCGCCUUGAUAGUGCUAACAUCAGGCUUCUUGCGUGCAACUGCAUUAGCAAUUUCAUUUAUCGCUCUGCUGGCAUCUGCUAAAUAGUCGAUUUCAUUCCCCUUUUUUCUCUUUAGUUGAGAUUGUGGUCGGCUGGUUUGUGGCGUCUGUUCAAUUACAUGCACAUUUGAGGCGCCUCCAUUGACAGGUUCCUAAAGUACAUUUAUUUACCGAAACAUUAUACUUAUUGACAAAUAUAAGGAAAUACCUCUUCAGUUUGUGAAUCGUCUGGUUCGUCUUCAUAAACAACCUCUAAUUGUGAAAUGUCCGUAAAUUCCAACGAUUCAAUAUUACUGUCUGAUGAAAGAGAAGGUGAAAGAGGCUUGGGGAUGCUAUCAUAAAUGGCUGUCUUUGCAAUUGAAUGCUCCAAAACAAA